AGGAGAACGCUGCCCAGAUCCAGAAGAGCCUGGCCCCAAGGCUUAGGAAGCUAAUGAGCGAUAACUUCAGAAAACUUUUCCCAUUCGUCAUGUUGCUGUACACCAAGGAACUCGUGGCUCCGCGACCGAAGCCAGGACUGCUCCGCUUCAGAACCAAACCUCCUGGGAUUAAGUAUCGGGAUAGAUUGCGCAGCUCCUUUGCUCACUCCACCAUCCAUGGGAUGCAGAAUGUCUUUGCGGAGCCGCAUCUCUGGCAGCGCUGCCUGUGGCUCACCAUCGCUUUGGGAGCCGGAAUCACCGGCUUGAGUCUGUACUCCGUGCUGCGGCAUCGUCAUAAUGAGCAGCUCCUGGUCAGCUUGAUAGACACCACCCAGUUGCCGGUGUAUCACAUCGAUUUUCCAGCGGUGGCCAUUUGCCCGUGGAGCCAUGUCAACUGGCAGAGAGCUCCGUCUGCUUUACUCCGAUUUCUGCCCCGAAAUCCAAGUGCAGAGCUUCAAGAAUCUUUCCGGCAAGUGCUCUCAGUCCUAGACGUUGUAAACUUUUCCAAUUUUUAUAGGGCACGGGCGCUCGGCGAAAGAAAUCUCACAGAGUUGCGGUUUAUGCCAAUGCAAAAGUUGGUUAACUACCUGGCUUAUCGAUGUGAUGAGCUGUUUGUCCCCGAUUCCUGUGUCUUUGAUGAGACCCCUUAUGAUUGCUGCAGGCUUUUCGUGCCAGAGCAAACGGAGCACGGUCAGUGCCUAGUCUUCAACUCCCUGAUCUCAGAACACUCCCGCAAAAAGCAGCUGACAAACAAGUUCUAUCCGUACAAGUUGAGCACCGCAGGCGAGGAAUCGGGCCUGCAAUUCACGAUCAACUCCAGCAAUUCGCACAUGCGAGGCGGCAUAAAACUCCCCUUUGGCAUGAUUCUCAUGAUCAAGGAACCUCGCCAGUGGUCUAAUCAAUUGACGUAUCAACUUUAUCCGGAUACCGAGAACUUGGUGGCAGUGCAUCCAAUGGUUAUGGAAACCUCUCACAACACAAUUGACAUGAGUCCGAGCAAGAGACGCUGCUUUUUCGAUUACGAAAAAAAUGAUUAUUUUAAAGACAACUUGUUGCCGUACAAUCGGGAGAAUUGCCUGGCUGCAUGUCUUCAUGAAGUUGUGUUGAAGACUUGUAACUGCUCCACGCCAGUUUUUUUACCGCCGAUUGAGGGUAUUCGUGAAUGUGGAAUUUUAGAUGCACAAUGUCUGGGCGAAAAUGCGGAUAUUUUUAGCUAUGUCAAGACGGGCGACCAGGAGAAAUACAUUAACGACUCACGACGUGGACAUACUUGUGUUUGCCCGGAUAAUUGUAACUCACGGCAGUACAAAAUGACGCUUAAUGUACGCAAGUUGGAUUACCCAAAGAACUCUACGGAUACAUUGAUCAAAGCGCAGAUUUAUUUUGGUCAGCGAGUGAUGACUAGAAUUAUAACAAAACUCAAGUACACAACUUUAGAUUUACUCGCCAACUUCGGAGGCAUCAUAAGUCUUUAUAUAGGAGCUUCAGUCAUGAGUUUUGUAGAACUAUCAAUUGUGCUGGGAAAACUAUUGUGGAUCCUAGUCAAGGAUAUGUACGCAAAAUCAAAGAAAACAAACAAGUAACUUUAGUUUGAAAGAAUUUGUAUAUUAACGCCACAAACAAGUAAUAAAGAGAGUUCUCGAGGCA